GUUGUCAAAAAGUGGGUGGGUACAAAGAGUUAGCUUCAGGAAGGAACAAUAACAGCAUUGUUGUUCUUUGUGUUAUUAUAAUUCAGAGCGGAUUCUCGUCUCGGAGGAGUAUUUCAGACAGAGCAGAGAUGAGCUCAGAGCUGCCAAUUCUGCUGGAGACCAUCAACUUCUCUGCAGAGAAACACCGAAAUCAACGCCGCAAAGAUCCUGAUGCGACCCCAUACAUCAACCAUCCCAUAGGAGUGGCAAGGAUCCUCAGUCAUGAAGGUGGAAUCACAGAUAUUGAAGUUUUGCAGGCAGCGCUGCUUCAUGACACUGUCGAAGACACAGACACGACUUUUGAAGAACUGGAAGCUGUGUUUGGAAAUAAAGUGGCUAGGAUUGUCAGGGAAGUGACUGAUGACAAAACACUACCUAAACAGGAAAGAAAACUGCAGCAGGUAAAUCACGCACCCCACUGCAGCCACCAAGCCAAACUUGUCAAACUGGCUGACAAGCUGUACAACCUACGCGACCUCAACCGCUGCACUCCUGUAGGCUGGACAAUGGAGCGUGUUCAGGAGUAUUUUGUGUGGGCAGCUCAGGUAGUGAAAGGGCUUCGUGGAACCAACGCUGCACUUGAGGAAAAGCUGCUACAGCUCUUCAAGGAGAGAGCUGUGGACAUGUGGUGGUGAUGAUGAUGAUCAAUAACCUUUUCACCUGGGGCAGCUUUUCUAUUGCUGUAAACACUCAAGGAUUAAGUGUCUCUCUCUGGGUUUUUGUUUUUGGGGUUUUUUUGGUAAAUAUUCUUUCCAUAAUAUUUAUGGAUCAGACAUUGCAUUUUUAUGGAUUAUAGAUGAUUAUUCUUUUUUUUUUAAAUUAAAUUAAUACACUCAUCAGAUGAAUGCAUUAUUAUCUGACACAGAGAAAAAUAAUAAAGUGUAUAUCUUCCUCUAGUAAUGUACGAACACAGACUGGAUACAUGUAUAAGCAAAAUUUUUGAAUAAUGGUUAUUUUAGGCCCAGUAGAGUUAUACCUAAAGUACUGAUGACUGGAAAGAAUGAAGACUACUAAAAUGAUUUGUGCCAUUUUAUUAAAGUGAUGUUCAUAUUGGGGCGGCACAGUGGUGUAGUGGUUAGCGCUGUCGCCUCACAGCAAGAAGGUCCGGGUUCGAGUCCCGUGGCCGGCGAGGGCCUUUCUGUGUGGAGUUUGCAUGUUCUCCCCGUGUCCGCGUGGGUUUCCUCCGGGUGCUCCGGUUUCCCCCACAGUCCAAAGACAUGCAGGUUAGGUUAACUGGUGGCUCUAAAUUGACCGUAGGUGUGAAUGUGAGUGUGAAUGGUUGUCUGUGUCUAUGUGUCGGCCCUGUGAUGACCUGGCGACUUGUCCAGGGUGUACCCCGCCUUUCGCCCGUAGUCAGCUGGGAUAGGCUCCAGCUUGCCUGCGACCCUGUAGAACAGGAUAAAGCGGCUAGAGAUGAUGAGAUGAUCAUACUGGGUGGCAUGGUACCACAUUGGGUAGUGUUGCCUCAUGGCUUGAGGAGUCUCCAAGUUGAUCUUGAGCUUACUGAGUGUGUGAAGUUUAUCAUAUUCUCACCACGUCUGUGUGGGUUUUCUCCUACAUCCUAAAAAUGGCAGAAAGUGACAAAUAAUACUCUAAAUUUCCCCAGUGUAUGUGUGUGUGUGUACACAUGGUGCACCCUGGACUGUGAUGGACUGACAUGCUCUUAAAGCUGUACUCUCGCCUCGUGCCCGGUGCUCCUGGGAUAUUGCUCCGGCUCCACCACAGCCCUGACUUGGAUAAAGCAGUCACUGAAGAUGAAUUAAUAAAUAAUUUGCUCUCAAUUACAUGAAUGAAGUGUAAAAAUAUCAUUAGGUGUUUUUCACAAGCUGUAAAAUGGAAUACAAAUUUUAAAUCACUUGAGUUUCCUGAAUAAAAAGUUGACAACCCA